AUGUCAACAACAGUUACCAAGGGUUCGGAGAGGGCUGAGUGGGAAGUCACGGCACCGUUCACUGGGGUGAUUUACAAAAAAAACUUCAUUGGGGAAGCCACAACUGCUUUGGAAGCGGAACUGUUCACCCACGUUCCUGUCACCAUGAAUGAGUCAACAAAGACCAUUGCGAACCCAUCCGGGCACGAUCUUCUCCAACAAAUUAGAGACGACUUGGAGGUACAUCAGAAAGCCAUCGAUGGCUUGCAGGAGCAAAACGAUGCCCAACAGAGAGCCAUUGAUGACUUGAUGGAAAGAGUUGCCCUGUACCGUGAAAUCCGAAAAUCUGUUUUAUGCGGGGGGCUAUCUUCAAACAAGCAACGAAAUGAGGCGGCCCAUGGUGGGAACAUCCGAGAAGACUACUUCUUUAUUAGGGGAGAGAGGAACACUUCCCUUGCAGAGAAAUGCCGAGAGAGGUUCGAGCAAAUAUAUGGGUUUCAACUCUCGGAGUUCCAAGACCGUAUACCAACAGCACCGGCUAGAGUUAUUGAAGCAUUCAACAUGCAUGGCAACUGCAUCUUGCUUUACAGAUGGAAUAAAUCCCAAAAGCAGGGUGUAAAGAAGCAAGUUUUGUCCAAGCUUCGCCAGCUUCUCCUCCCCUGGGUCCAGAACUUGACGCCUGUUGAUUACCUCGAGGAUGGGUCACCUAGUCUUCCGUUUUAUGAUAACAUCGUCUCUCUUUAUGAAUCAGUUUAG